AUGUGCGAAAGUUCAAAAGGAGGAUUAUCACGUGAUCGGAAGCCGCGUAAUUCUUUUAUACACGACAUACCAAACCUACAGAUCGUUAUGAUUACAAAUAAUAUGGACAUUCUACAACGGAUUCUUCAAAAGAUUAGAUACAUAAAACGGAGAGUUCUACCUACCGGAAUCAGCAUUAUCAUAGAAUAUCCUAGAGAAUUAAGUGUGGCUGUCCAAAAGACUUUAUCAAUGAGGAAUAGAAAAUUCAGCACCGAAGUAAAACAUCAAGCAAAAUAUCUCCUGAACCUCCAAGGGGGAAUUGCGGAAAAUCCAUACGGUACUUCAAGAACUGAAAGGAUCAAUCUUAGUAAGUAUCGCAAUAAUCAAAAUUCGGAAUCAUCAGAAAGCAUUUGUCGAAUCCGUACUAUAAUCCUCAAGCAAUACCCCGCCGUCAUCAAUACGGUGUUCGAUCCAAUACGCGUCAUAGGAUAUCUCUAUGUGCUUCUGAAAGUAUCCGAAUAUGGACAAACAUUCCACGGUAUCAUUAAUGGUUGUUUUAAAGAUUGUAUAAGAGACGUAGAGAAAUAG